AUGAAAGCAGUUACUCAAAAGGAAGAAGAUAUUCAAGAUAAUCUUAAUGAUCUUUUAAAUAACAAUAUUAUUACUGUACAGAAUAAAAAUACAGGUGCCAAGCGAGGUCGCAAGAAAAAGCAACAAGAAAUAGUUGAUUCUUCACCUCCUUUAUCUUUAAAUGAUAAUACUCUGGAAUCAAGUAAUGAACCUGAUUCUUUAAAUAAACUCUCAAGAACGGUAUCAUCACCUUCAAGACUGACAAGAUCGACACCUUUAAAAUCAAGAGAUAAUGCAUUGAACUGA